CAGCUCUCUAACGAUGUCGCUCCUCACCCACACUACUGGGGUACGCGCUCGUUGAAAGGCGCUUUGAAUCAUAUACAAGAUGGGUUGAACUUUUGCGUGGCCUUUUGCUUCAUAGCUUUUUUGUCUCCUCAUUCUACCACGCCUUGCUCCUCCCCCACCACCACCACAACUUCCCACUGUCAUCAUGAUCAAAGCUAUCUUUUACAGCAAAUUCGACACCCAAGAGGGCCCCAAGGUUGUCCACCAGGUUCCAGAUGGUGCCAUUGUUCCCUCCGCCGCAGCGCCCUCGCAGCCCCCCUUCCUGACCUUCUCCGACAUCUCCUUCUUCGUGAUCCCUCGUCAAGAGCUUUGCGGCAAUCUGAUCCAAGUCUGCACCAAUGGAUAUCGGAUCCUUGGCUACCCCAUCUGUAUGAAGUCGCUUCGAUAUGAUCGCAACGAGUUUAUCUUCAACUUCUGUUUAGUGCUGGCGGAAGAGGAGGACUUCAGCACAUACAAGAGUGUCGUACAGAAGCUUGCGGACCUGAUGCACGGGUUGGAGGAACAGAAUGGAUUCUUGUCUCGAGAUCAUUCAAAACCCGGUGAGGGGAAAGUAUACAGCUUGUGUGAGACCCUGAUGGAGGAUCUCAAUAACUACUGCGAGUGCAUGAUCCCAAUCGAUGAGCUGAAUACCCUGAACAUCAAAUUGUUCCCAAUCUACCCCGCUCCGCCGCCGGUCAAAGCCUGGCAGGUUCCUCUGUUCACGGUCCGAUAUCAAACAUUUAUGGACGAGAAUUGGGAUCUAACCAUGCAACGCAUUGUCCCAUAUAUCAAUGGGGUCAACAGUGUUCGAAUCAUUUCGAUCCUAGCCGACACUGACUUCUCUCUGACCUGCCGAGCCAUCCGACACCUCCUUUACUAUGGGUGCUUGUUUCUGCUCGACAUCUUCUCCUUCUCGGCGAUCUACGCGCCAACUGCACAAUUCAGCUCUACCAUCGCCAUGGACGAAGACAUGCAACACGAGUGCGCGCGCUAUGUCAACACAUCUUUUGCGUCGCCCGUCACUGCCGCAUCCGCAGCCCUCGCCUCCGGCUCUGACCCGGAUGCCGUCUGGCCACCGAUCGGCGAUGUCCUCACCACCAGCAGCGCCAGCGUCAUGACCAACCCCAGCCGCACUCCAAGCCCAACUCUCCUCGCCAGCGCCGUGGCCCCGACCUCAUCUAGCGUCACAGCGACCCCAAGUCCGGCCGCAGUUGCUGCAGCCGCUACCUCCGUAUCCUCGGAACCCCAUCCUGACACCUCCGCAGCCCGCGGACUGUACGGCAGCCGUCCCAUCGUCGACGGCGCUGGCCUAGUGUCAUUAUACGCGAGCCUCAAACAAGGCCAGAGCGUCAAACAAUGGUACCUCCACCACAGCCGAGAGCUAGCGCACAUCGACAUUCGCCGCUUCAUCACUUUCGGGGUGAUCAAGGGCUUCAUCUACCGCGUGCACAAAUACGCCGUCGCAACCGGACAACCGGCCCCACCACUCAAAGCCUCCGCCCUCUCCCACAAUGUUCACUACCAAAAUCAACACAACCAUCAAGGCACAGCAGUUAUCACCGCCGCAGGUGGGACGCUCCAGAUCCCUAUCUCCAGCGGCCCCUCCUCUCGCGGGCCCGGCACGGGAACCAAUUCUCCUUACGCGUCGAGUGUGGGGGACGAACCGGCGCCAAUUGCUCAGCACCACCCGCAUCAUCCGGAUACUGCUCGGGACCACUCGACCUCCGUGCAUAGCGGGAGCCGUCCCGCGACGGUGGCGACGAUGGACAACGAGGACGAUGAGGAUGAGGAUGAGAUCGACGACAAGACGUUAGCCAAAUACUUAGAUGGGAUGCAUUGCUUCGAUCAGAUCUGCACGGAGCUGGAGAUCAGUGAACGCGAGCUGACGGCGCGCUUGAAGCGGUUUCCUGGGGAAGUGUUGAUUAUACAUCGGUGA